AUGAGAAAAAUGAGCUGGGUGUUCCUACGUGAUCUGCUGAGUGGAGUGAAUAAAUACUCAACAGGAAUUGGAAGAAUUUGGGUAGCUGUGGUGUUCCUGUUCCGCUUACUGGUUUAUGUUGCUGCCGCAGAAAAUAUCUGGAAACAUGAACAUGACGAAUUUGAGUGCAACAUCAAGCAGCCUGGUUGUGAAAAUGUCUGCUUUGACCAUUUUUUCCCUGUCUCUCACAUCAGACUUUGGGCUCUGCAAUUAAUCAUGGUCUCCACCCCUUCAGUCUUGGUUGUCUUUCAUGUUGCUUACAGAGAAAACAGAGAGAAACACCACAAGCAGAAACUUUACAAAAAUACAAGAAAGACAGAUGGUGGAUUGCUGUGCACUUACCUUAUCAGCCUCAUUUUAAAAAUAGGACUUGAAAUAUUUUUUCUUGUUCUGUUCUAUAAAUUGUACAAUGGCUUCAAAAUACCACGUCUUGUGAAAUGUGACAUAAAACCAUGUCCCAAUAGUGUAGACUGUUAUAUUUCCAAACCCACAGAGAAGAUGAUUUUCCUCUAUUUUCUGGUGGCAACUUCAUGCCUGUGCAUCAUAUUAAAUCUAAGUGAACUGAGUUAUCUUCUGUUCAAAUACUCCAUAAAAUGUUAUCUGAAGAGACACGUAAAGAACAAGCAAGGCUCAAAAGCAAUUGCUGCGAAUCAGAACUCAUCAGGCACAACAGAGCAGCAGCUGCAGGAUAACUCCACAACAGCUCAUCAUCUUUGCCUCUGAAUAUGCAAGAUGAACAUGAAAAACAUUCCCUGCUGACUUGAAAGAAGGCUGAAGAUCA